CUUAAAGGGCGAGACAGGAGAGAGUGAGAGGGUGACAUGAAAACGGAGGGGAAAAUUUGAGAGUGGAUUAGGAGAGUAAGACAGCGAGUGUGUGAGAGUCAUACAGGGACAUGUCAUAGCUAUGGUGCAGAAAGCAGCCAAGAGUAUUUAGAGCGAGAGAGAGAGCCAAGCAGUGAAAGGCAGCAUGAGCGAAUGGGAGAAGUUGUGGGACGGGUAGGGCCUAAUGAGACACACAGAUCAGCAAGCUAGUGAGUACACCAAUCAAAGGCCUAUAAAACCGCACACACUCACACACACAUGCUGGAUGCAUGGUGCAACAGACUGGUAGGAGUAGACACUCAGACACUUGUAGUCAUUCCAAAACGUAGCUGAUAGCUGUACAUUCACAGAGGUCCACUGUACUCACAUUUAGAUAGUAGACAAGGGUACCAUCCUAUACAAAUGGACAGGACAGAGUGAAGACGUGCAAAGAUUUUCUAAGAGAACUUAUCUGGCUGUUCAGCCAUGUCUGACGCCGCACGAGAUCUGGAUGAGCUGUGCUAUCUCACAGCUCAGUGUAUGACGCCGAUGGUGACCUCAGAGCAUUUUCGAGUAAUCAAGAAGCUUGGAGAGGGGUCAUACGGGAAAGUCAUGCUGGCUGUGCACAAAAAGAGAGGCACACCUAUGGCACUGAAGUUCUUCCCUCGCUGCUCUACAACUCUCCACACCUUUCUGCGUGAAUACAACCUCUCCCUCUCCUUCUGCACUCAUCCCUCUCUCACACGUGCCCUUGGAAUCUUUUUCUCUACGCCAUCCCACUAUAUCUUCGCUCAGCAGGCUGCUCUCUAUGGAGAUCUCUACGAUGCUAUUGUGUCAGAUGUGGGGGUGAGUGAGGUGCAGGCUCAGAGUGUGAUGUCCCAGUUAAGUGGUGCUGUGUCUUACUUGCACUCCCUGGGCUUUGUGCACCGUGACAUUAAACCAGAGAACGUGUUCCUGUGUGCUCCAAACUGCCGCUGGGUCAAACUAGGUGACUUUGGUCUCGUACGUCCUCACGGAACCCAAGUGCGUGCUGUCUGGUACGAAUCCCCUUUCUGCGUGCCUGAGGUUGAACAGGCCAAGAGCAAGACAAGAAAAAAUGCAGUAAACCAGCAGAAAGAGGAGACAGAAGAUAUCUGGAUGCCAGUGGAGCCCAGUUUGGACAGUUGGGCCCUCGGGAUCCUCACAUACUGCCUGCUGACCAGUUGUUUCCCAUGGGAGGAGAGCACAUCAGAUGACCCAGGUUACCACCAAUUCUGUAACUGGUUCAACAAUGUUAAAGGAAAGGAGGAGGGUGAAAUGGGACAGAACAAGCAAACUGAUAGCAAGAAAAGAGGAAGGGACACUGGAGGGGACGAGGCAGCAGUGGCCGUACCUUCUCAAUUUGAAUCUUUAAGCACUUUAGCUCUCACUUUGCUCAGGAGACUGCUGCACCCACUGCCCUGUCACCGUGCCAUGCCUGAUGAGAUCCUCUCCUACCUCGGGGGACCCUGGCUUUUGAAAACAGAGAAAGAAGAGAAGAGGAGACUGCAGGAGGCACAGGAGGAAGCCAGGAAGAUACUAGGUGGAGGAGGAGUGGAGAAAGACAUAGAGAUGGAAAGGAAAAGGGAGAGAUAGAAUGAGGGAAGCUGCUGUCCAAAAAUAUAUUUUAUACUGACAAGUGUUUAUAGUUUGGAAUAUAGUUUUGUCAUCAUACUGUGAUGUGACUGUUUUGUAUAUGAGUGAGACAUGCUGAUAUAUAAAUAUACAUAUAAUGAUAUAAAAAUAUGAAUAUACAUUAUAAUCAGAUGGUUUAUGGAAAUGCACUCUGCAGAGUUGCUAUGGCAACUACGUACUAAUUCUAUGUACUAAUUAAUUGCAGUAACACUCAAUUUAGGUGAUCCAUUUCCUCGCACCGCCAGGGUUGGGGGAUCAAAUCCUGUCUCUGCCCUGUGUACAUGGUGUUUGCAUGUUCUCCUCGUGCUUUGGGGGUUUCCUCCCCAAGUCCAAAAACAUGCAUUGUGAUUGGCAUUUCCAAAUUGUUCCUAGUACGUGAAUGGGUGUGUGAGUGUAUGUGUGUCCACCGUCUUAUGCCCCGAGUUACCUGGGAUAGGGUCCAGGCUCCCCGUGACCCUUUGUAGGAUGAACGUUAUAGAAAAUGGAUGGAUGGAUGGAUGACAUGUUGACAUUUGGAUGUUAUAUGAUGUUCAAAAAGUGUAUAACCUCACGCAUGCUGAAAUUGCACAAGCUUGUUUAUCUCUCUAAAAUGUUGCAAAGGAACUGACGGAUACACCACCUUCCAUGCACACCAGAUAAACAAUAAAAAUAUGACUAUGGCAGGAAACAUAAUAAGCGUGUUAAUAGUGAGGAAUUUACAAGCAUGCUUAACAUGUAAACUGACUCUAAUAAGGUUCCUGCUGUAGACACCAUUGCUGAGU